GACCUGGCGUGGAAACGACGAUAUCUGUGUAUUCUUGGAGUACUGGAAGACGGGGAAAAGCUCAAUGGUAAUAAGGUGCCCAAAUUUAAGAGUUUGAAUUUGGUUCUUGCCGUGACAAAAGACACGAUUAAGCAACAAUGUAUUGCUACUCCUUUUGCUGAGCUUGAAGACGUGUUUCCAGUUCCAGCCAAAUACACUGGAUCGGAUGUGCAGCACGUAUUUGCAGUUGCUUUUAAGACCGGAAAACGUUUACUGUUUCAAGUUAGAGGUGAACCGGAGCGAGAUGAAUGGAUGGAGAAAAUUCAGCAGGCAUUGGGAAUUGAUGACGUGGAUUAA